AUGGAAGAUUUGAUGGACAUUAAUAUGAGCCCUCUGAGGCCUCAGAACUAUCUUUUCACUGUGGAGGAGGAUGCAGAGUCAGAAGAUGAGGAGGAGGAGGAUGUGAAACUCCAAAGUAUGUAUGGGAAGUGUUCUGCCCCUGAAAGUGGUAGCAAGUUUCCACAGAAAAAAGUAAAACUUGCUGCUGCUGAAGCUGAUGAUGAUUUUGAGGAUGAGGAAGCUGAAGAAAAAGUUCCAGUAAAAAAAGGUCAAGGAUCCUUCAAAAAACAGGAAAAAAUUCCUAAAACACCAAGAGAACCUAGUUCUGUAGAAUACAUUAAAACAAAAAUGCAAGCAAGUAUAGAAAAAGGUGGUUCGCUUCCCAAAAUGGAAGGCAAGUUCACCAAUCAUGUGAAGAACUGCUUCUGCAUGACUGACGAGGAGGCUAGUCAAGACCUCUGA